AAAAACCAUGAGCUGUUUGUUUGUUUAUAUCUUAGAACCAUUUCAGCUUCAUGGUAACAGAUUAUAGAAAAAGUAAGCAAAUAAAUAUUAUACAUAGACUAUAUAUACACUGGGUAUCUUAACAAAAAACAUUAUCUAUAUUGUUGUUUAACAGUAAUGAUAAAUAACAUCCAGUCAUUGAAUAUGAGUCAAAUUUGACUUGAACAAAACAAUUAUGACUUUUCACACUUGGCAAGAAGAAUCCACAACCACUUUCCUAAAUGCUCAUAGUUCAUUAGUCUUGUUACUACAUAAAUAAUUUUCUUUUCUUUCUGUGACAUACACUUUUGGAUCAGAUAACAAAGUUUCCUAAUGGGAACUCUUGUAAUUGGCUUGAAUGUGGGUCAAGUUACACCUAAUCACAGGUGGGUCAAGGUUCAGAGUUCAAAUACAAGGGUUAAAAGCCACUUGUUGGAUUAAAACGAGAGAGAGAAAUAAAUAAAUACAAUUCUAGUUACUUUAAGUAAGCCUGCCUGUCAUAACAUCAAUUAACACGCAAAAUUAGCCUUACAUGAAGGGAGGGGUUGAUGUUUGGGAAUGGACUAGUAUUACUAGAUCAAUGAGCGUUACAAAACGGAUUGCGUGUAUAGAAUGAGCGUUACAAACACAGGUUUACGCACAACAGGCAACAUGAACACGCGAAACAUCUAACCCGUCAGAAAUGUGAAUGGAUUCGAUUUCGAUGAGAGAUAGCGAUGUUCCCUUUAAAGCAGCUCUAAAUGACUUUUGUAUCGAUGCGUUGUCGCCAUCUUCUGCCAGUUCUGUUACCGACUCACCGGAGCAUCACAUCAGACCGCCGGUGGGCGAGUCCCGGGUGUGUCUGUCUGCCUGCCUGCGUUCAGGAGCGCGCGCUAACAACACCAAGAGGGAAGGGAAAUAAAAUGCUGAGGAAUCGAAAGCCGUGAUAUCUUCACCACUGGACACUUGCUGUUGUUGUUGUUGUUUUUUAUUUUUGGCUUUUGGAGGAGGACUGAAACAUGAAGAAACAUCACAGCCCCGCGAAGGGACCACUGGAAGUCACCGUACCAGACACCGAGGCGACCAUACAACAACUCAACAAGCUGCUGUCCAACGGCAGCGGUUUUUACAGCCUCCCAGCCCAACAUUUCAACGAGGUCUUUCCCAAGAUUUACAUCGGCAAUGCGUUUGUGGCCCAGAAUGUGAUGCGUCUGCAGCGGCUGGGUGUGACACACAUACUGAAUGUCGCAGAGGGAAACUCUUUCAUGCAUGUGAACACCAACGCAGAGUUCUACGCAGGAACUGGGAUCACGUACCAUGGCAUACAGGCCAAUGACACUGAGCAGUUCAACAUCAGUGCCUUCUUUGAGGAAGCAGCAGACUUCAUUGAUAAGGCUCUGGCACAUGGAAAAGGAAAGGUGUAUGUUCACUGCCGUGAGGGCUACAGCCGUUCGCCCACUAUCGUCAUUGCUUACCUCAUGCUCCGUCACAAGAUGGAUGUACGAGUUGCAACGGCUACAGUAAGACACAAGAGAGAGAUCGGCCCAAAUGAUGGAUUCCUGCGCCAGUUGUGUCAACUCAACGAAAAGCUGGCGAAGGAGGGCAAGUUGAAGACCAAAUGAUAGAACGUGCUCUUCCCCCAACAUAUAUUCACAAAUGCAGUCGCACAGUCAAACUAGUGUGCACUAUUUCCAGUCCUAGUAUAUUAACAGAAUGUAUGCAUACCGCCAGAGCAUAAGCAUGGAGAUAUACAAAGUGAAUUCAAACACACUCUCACAAACACACUCACAUAAGGUGUUGUCAGUAUCCUUAAUAAUUACUCCUGCUUCCAGCUGGCUGGUAAAGGGAAACUUACUGGCAUAUCUGAAUAAUUAAGGCUGUAGAAGGAGCAAGGGCAGCAUUUUAUAUGUCAUCACAACUGUUUCGUUUUUGCGUCAUUCCCCAUGAUAAUAAGCUUCUGUUUUUUCACUAGGUACACCUAAAGCAUUCCAGUACCCAACUGUUUGUAUAUCUCACAAAUUCAACUUUUGGAGCAUAUUAGCCCAAUUGUCAUCUGUAAAGUAGAGCACAAUCAUCCUAUGGUUUCUGAUUUGACAGAAAUACUGCGAUUGCUCAGCCCAUUACUAUUUGUAUGUGGUAGAAUAUGAUAUUUAGGUACAAAAAAGCACGUCGAAUACACCUUUUAACCCAUUUACAGACCGACAGCCAGAUUUUUGAUGGCUUUCCAGCAUUUUAAAUCAGGAGGACAAAACUGUUGUGUACCAGCACACACCCCUUUUCCUCACUAAAUUAACAUUCCACUUUGUACCGAAUAAUAGCAUGCAAUCAAACAAGAUAUAUCUACAACAAGCCAACUGUAUGUUGUAGCUCAGAUUCAACAGACGCUACAGACAGGUUCAACCCGGUUCUAUGCAGCAGUGAUAAUGCAUCAGCCCCAUUAGAUCUCUUUACUCUGGAAUCACUGUCUCACACUGCCAAGUCUCAUGCCACAUUUUGACCAUCACAAGAUCACAGUCAGCCUUGACCAGAGAGACACGUCCGAUAGAUGGAGAGCCUCUGCCAUGCCAACUGCCUAAAGAUGUGCCCUUACACAAGGUUUGUUACCCAGAGGUCCAGUGCCCCUUCAUACCGCUAGUUCAGAGAUCACAGGAAGCGUGUCAGCGACAUCUGUGUGGUAGAGUGUAGAUCAGAUUUUUAAGGGUAGCUGUUGAAAUAGAUUAGGUUUACUUCGGGGUCAGCUUUGUCCUUAAAACAGAAUCACUUUAGCACUGGAAUUGACUCAUUUUGCUGCACGGCUGGCUUGUUUCAGGUUUUAAAGGGGUCAUAUCGUACGUAUUUUUAUCAUUUAAUUAUUUCCCCUGAGGUCCACUUAUAAUGUUAGUUUAUUUA